UGUCAUUGAUGUUUGUAUAUAUGAUGUGUAUUUGUUAUUGUGUUAUCGAGCAAGUAGCGUCACCGGGGUUCAAUUCCCGGCGAAUCGAUAGUUCUAUUUUUUUGUUUGUUUCAUUGCAUCGUGUUUGGGUAGUUAAUACCAUUCAAGGUGCUCCGUGCUGCAUUGCAAAGGGAAGGCAGCUCCACCGCUAGCAACGGCUCGGGGUUUCUAACUUGGACCAGGUACAUCGCAAGGUCAGUCUUUCCGUAUGGGUGUGGGAUGGAGUGUGUUAACUAACACACGGCGCAGAAUGUUCCCUAAGUGCCCCAGCCGCUAAAUAAUGCUACCGUGGGACUGCGUUUGGCUGGUUGGGACUCGGUGGAUGCGAGUGGCUCGAAGGAAAUUCAAUUGAAAACGGUUUGCUCGACGGAUCACCCAUAUGCUUUUCACUGGAGACUAUUUGCAAAACACGCCGCUGUGAAACGAUGCAGAGGUGAACUGUUAGCCGCUCUUUAUCAGCUCCCCUGUCAAGCGUCGUUACAAUUGAGAACGAGCGGUUACUAUCACCUCUCAUCAGUUGCCUAGGUUAGGCAUAGAAGAUAAAGGCACUGAAGAGAGAGACCGUAUCGGGAAGGGCUGUUAUAGGCAAAGGCACGGAAAACUACAUCUGCAGUGGCCGAAGGCUAGUUACCCUGAUUUACAAUGGAAAAACAGUUUUUUUAUCUGCUGUUAAUUGGCAUGACAGUGAAGGCACAGGUCUGCCCCAAACGUUGUGUCUGUCAGAAUCUGUCUCCAAACCUCGCAACUCUUUGUGCCAAAAAAGGACUUCUCUUUGUCCCACCAAACAUUGACAGAAGGACAGUAGAACUACGUCUGGGAGAUAACUUCAUUACUAUCAUUAAAAGAAAGGACUUUGCGAACAUGACCAGCCUGGUUGAUCUCACCCUGUCAAGGAAUACAAUAAACUAUGUGGCACCACAAGCAUUUGCAGACUUGCGUAAUUUACGGGCUUUGCACUUGAACAGCAACCGACUAACCCAGAUUACAAAUGAUAUAUUUAGUGGACUUUCAAACCUUCACCAUCUUGUCAUCAGUAACAACCAACUAAUUGACGUUUCCUCUGAAGCUUUUAAUGACAUUUUAGUGUCCCUAGAAGAGUUGGAUGUAUCCUACAAUAACUUAAAAUCUAUACCCUGGGAAGCAGUGCAGAAGAUGGUUAACUUGCACACCUUCAGCAUGGAUCAUAACAUGAUUGAACAAAUCGAUGAGGGAACCUUCUCCCACCUUCAUAAGUUGACUCGAUUGGAUAUGACUUCGAAUAAACUGCGGAAGCUCCCACCUGAUCCAUUGUUCACGAGAGCUCAGGUAUUAGUCUCCGUGGGACUCCUGAACCCACCAAGCUUCACCUUAAGUUUUGGUGGGAACCCGUUGCAUUGUAACUGUGAGCUUCUCUGGCUGCGUCGCCUUUCGAGGGAAGAUGACCUUGAGACUUGUGCCUCACCUAUGCAUCUCACAGGCCGAUACUUUUGGUCGAUUCCAGAGGAAGAGUUUAUCUGUGACCAGCCGCUCAUUACCCGUUAUACACAUGAGCUUAGAGUGUUGGAAGGGCAGCGGGCAACGCUGAAGUGCAAGGCUAUCGGGGACCCAGAUCCCUCCAUCCAUUGGAGUUCACCAGAAGGCAAGCUCAUUUCAAACUCAUCACGGACAACCUUGUACAAUAAUGGAACAUUAGACAUCCUGAUAACUACCAUCAAAGAUACAGGCACUUUCACAUGUAUCGCCUCGAACGCAGCUGGAGAAACCACUGCCGUGGUGGAACUUCACAUAAUCAAACUCCCACAUUUAGUCAACAGUACAAACCAUAUUCACGAGCCUGAUCCUGGUUCAUCAGAUAUUUCAACCUCCACUAAAUCUGGCUCGAAUACCAGUAACAGUGUUAGUGACACUAAGGCCAAACCAGAAAAGAGGGUGGCUGUUGCUGAAACAUCAUCGUCCUCUGCCCUGAUUAAAUUUAAUUUGCAACAUAAUAUCCCUGGCAUUCGUAUGUUCCAGAUUCAGUAUAAUGGCUCUUAUGAUGACUCGCUUGUUUACAGAAUGAUUCCUUCCACAAGCAAAACGUUUCUUGUUACCAACCUAGCUGCAGGAACACAGUAUGACUUGUGCGUCUUGGCAAUCUACGAUGAUGGCAUCACAUCUCUGACGGCUACAAGGGUUGUUGGCUGCAUACAGUUUACCACAGACGAGGAUUACGUCCGCUGCCAUUUCAUGCCCUCUCAGUUCCUAGGAGGAACCAUGAUCAUUAUCAUAGGUGGGAUUAUUGUGGCUUCUGUGCUGGUCUUCAUUAUCAUCUUGAUGAUUCGAUACAAGGUGUGCAACAAUAAUGAUCCGCUCAAGAUAACGAAGGUCAGUAAUGUCUACUCCCAGACGAAUGGAGCUCAUUUGCAAAUGUGCGGAGGAAUGUUUCCUCACUCGACUUCUAAGGUCAUCAUAGGACAUGAAGAAAGCCCGCAGCAUCAGAAAGAUUCCGGUAUGGUCAAACCACAGCCAUUGGAUUCUGUUGUGAGCCAGGACUGCUCCACUGCUACCUCCACCAUGCCACCUGACUGGACUACAGGUGUCAGUUCAUCUCAAAAGCUGAAAAGAAAGGCCGGGCCAAAGCCAAGCAUUGAGACAUCAGUGGAAGCUUACGCCAAUGUUGAGUUACCCAAAAAGAAAAGGGAAAGCACUGCCAUUUUACACCAGCCCUCCUGUCCUCCAGUUUCUUUGAAAGAGACUCCUACUUUUCGACGAGCACACUCCAAGCACAUCAAGUACCUUACUCUGCCCGCUGAAAGCAGCAGGGCUAAGCGGAGAUACUCACUCAAUGGAGAUUUAUCAGAGUACCAUUGCUAUACUCACUCACAAAAUAUUAGCAGCUUGUGGUCAAAAAGGAGCAUGUCCAUGAACGGGAUGUUAUUACAGUUGGAAAACUCUGAUGGUGAUAGUGGGAAAGCCACCUUUUCCAGCUCUGAGUGGAUAAUGGAAAGCACUGUAUGACAUUUUGAAGUAUGUUACAGCAAAGGGCACUGCCUUGUAAGAGUUUUGGAAUUCUAUGCUUGUCUUUCUGUUUGAUGGCAUUUCCAGCAAGGUAGCAAUGAACUGGCUCUCAUGCAUACAAUUCUUUGACAGAAAUCGGCAGCAAUGAAAGACCUGACAAUAAGGCAUGAAUCAGCACCAGGGCCCUGUCCUCCUUGUAGGAUGGGCUGUCUGGUUCUGGCGUAUGGGGUAAACAAGUGAAAAUAUUUUCACAGAAGCCUUUGACCAAGGAAAUAUGGUUUCCUGCAUCUUAAAGAAAACAAAAAGCCUAUUUAUGGACUACUUAAUAAAUAGAUAUUUUUUAAAAUUUGAGCUGUAUGUUUCUUUCCAGUGACAAUGGUAAAUGCCUUUUCCUUUUCAGGCAAAUGCUGUACAGAUAAAACAACUCUGUGUUGUUAUGUUGUGUACAAUAAAGGAUUAAAUAAGUAUACUCGGCCAGUGUUAGUACAAUGAAUAGCUGUUAUAUGUGCAAUUAGGCAGAGCCUGAAUAUUGUGGUUGCCCGGUCCAUUCUGGUGGAGAUACUCCAAGCUGCCAACCAAGUAAACAAAAAUGAUUCAGUUAUCAUAACAAGGGUGCCAGUGCUGUAUCAGAAAAAAAAA